UUCACUUGCAUUCAGUUUUCGCGUAUUUGUCAGCAAUAACGGUGGUUGUUUAUCAAUCAGUCGGUGAAAGUGGGAGGCAUUCGAUAAAAAUAAAGACGACUUCUUUAUUUUUAAUUAAUAGCCUUUGGAAAAAUACAGUGUGCUAAUACAAAUCAGCUUUAUGACCAACACCAAAAACAACAACAAAGCGACAAACCGCAGGCGUGAAAGGCCACUGUGAUACGCACUGGAACAAAGCGAGUGGUUGCAAAAGCCACCUGCAGCUAAAUAAGUUUCCUCGCAUUUACUCUGCUCACUAUUUCGCUGUUUGAAAGUCAAUAUUUUUUAACAAACCCAAGCUGCAGCAAUGAGUUCAUACCCUUUCGUCGCACCCGGAACUGUAGGGUUUUUAGUAAUAGCAAUAGGGCUUUCUACGCUAACAUCUGGUAGCGUAAUACCUGCAGCGCUGCGGGGUGGCCCCGUUGCACCUGAACAAGGUCUUUAUGAUGCCAAGGAUAAGGUGACAAUACUUACAGUGAAUAAUUUUAAUGAUACAGUUCUGCUUCAAAAUCGCUCCUUGCUUGUAGAGUUUUAUAAUACAUUUUGUGGACAUUGUCAACGGUACGCUCCGCGCUACAAAGCUCUAGCGGAACGUUUGUAUCCGUGGCGAGAAACCUUACUGGUGGCGGCGAUCGACUGCAACGCAUUCGAAAACACUGGAGUUUGCCGUGAUUAUGAAAUAUUUGCAUAUCCUACAUUACGUUACUUUUCACCUGGCUUUAUGUGCAAAGAGGGAAGUUAUGGUCAAGAGGUCAAAGCACAUGUCGAACUAGAUGAGCUUGCGUCAAAUAUGGCUCAAAGGUUAGCAGCAGAAAAUGGCACGGACAGCUUGCCGAAUUUUCCAAAUCUUCACAGUGUCGGCGAAAAUGAUGAAAAAACACUUUUCAAUGGCUUGGAUAGCAAUAAAAAAUUUGUGAUAUUAGCGUACGAACCGGAAAAUAGUACUUUAGGAGUAGAGAGUGCUUUACAAUUCCACUUGUGGCCAGAUGUACAAGUACGACGCGUCAACGACUUAAAUGUGGCCAACAAAUUCCAAAUCGAUGGUAUCCGUUAUAAGAUAGCAACAGUUGAUAGGCAAGGAAAUGUAGUACCUUAUGGAGUAGCAGAGGACACAGCCGCUGCAUACGCGGCUACAAUUGAAAGUUUUCUAGAAGCUCAGCAUUUUAAACCGCGCUUAACAAAAACACCAACAACCGAAGAUAGCAUUGCACAAGUUACUGACAAUGACAGUGGGCGAGCUGCUAUUAUCAAUGAAGUGCUUCGUAAUAAGCAUUUCGUUUAUCAGUCUGAUCUAGAAAUGGCCAUACGGCAAAUGUUAUUCAACGAACUUCCAAAAGCGCAUGAAAUACACGGCGAACAAUUGUUAGCACUGCAGCGUAUGCUCGCCGUAUUGCAACGCUAUCAUCCACUUGGCCCACAAGGCAAUGAAGUCAUCCGACGCAUCAACGAAUAUGUGCUGAAUACAAACGAAUCGUUGAAAGGUGCCGAUUUUCAAUCCGAGGUGGAACAUUUGAAUAAGACUUUCGGCCCCAUAUUCUCAUCGAAUCACUUUGUCGGCUGUGUGGCCUCUCAGCAUAACAAACGUGGCUAUACUUGUUCGCUGUGGACACUUUUCCAUUACCUUACGGUGCAAGCAGCGCGUCGAGAUGUCAAUAACGAUCCGCUAGAAGUGCUAACAGCCAUACAUGGGUAUGUGAAAUACUUUUUCGGCUGCACACAUUGUUCCGAGCAUUUUCAGCAAAUGGCAACCCAUCGAAAAAUGUGGAAUGUACCCAACAAAGAUGAGGCCGUGCUCUGGCUAUGGGCAGCACAUAACGAAGUGAACAAUCGUCUAGCAGGCGACGAUACCGAGGAUCCUAAAUUUCCCAAAAUACAAUUUCCCAGCGAAUCAUCGUGUUCCCAAUGUCGCAAAUCGGAUUCAACAUUUACGUCCAGUAAAACUGAUAUCAAUUGGGAUAAAGAUGCUGUGCUGAGUUUUCUUAAAAAUAUACACAAUCCUGGAUUUGUAAGUCGUUACGGCGUAGACAAUGAGGCUGUGCUGCAGCCAUCGUUGGAUAAGUUGCGUCAGAAGCGCAUGAUUGGUAAUGUAUUCUCUGAAAUGGACAUGCGCAUGGGUAUGUUGUUGUAUGGAUUUUGCAUCGUCAUGAUGGUUGUCGCAUUCAAACUAUUUGCCAUGAAGGGUUAUCGAAAAAGGCCAUAUAUGCAUGAUGUGCUCGGAAAAGUUUAAGUUAGCGACGGAGAAAAAUCGAUACAUCUUAGUAAUAAGUGAAAAGGAUGUUGAAAGGAGGGAUUCAGUGAGCAAGGUGCCCACGUGAUUCGUAAGCUAGUAAAACCUUUUUUAUUUGUUUUAUUUUACUCUAGAAAAAGACAAGUGAUUCCAUUUAUAUACAUAUAUUAAAAUUUAUAUAUAUACAUACAUGCAUACAUAUGUAUAUAUAAAUAUACACCUCGAUCCACUUGAAUUGGCUAAUUUUUUUUUGGUUUUUCUUCGAAAAUCCGAGUUCAUAUCUGGACUUGUGGGCAUCGGAGAAGCUUCAUUUUAAUUUAGUUUUGAAGAAUGAUCAAUAUCGAAGUAAAGCGAUGAACGCAAAGAAACUAACUUUAUUACUUUGGUUUUCAUUUCGCUUGUUUAUUAAACUAUACGAAAAAUAUGUUUAUAAGAUGACUGGCAGCUGCUCCUUCCGGCGAUUAAAGUGCCAAAGAGCGAGAUGUCUUUGAAUUAUUUAAAAUACCCCCAGAACCGUUUUCCGUACAGGUUUUUUUCCAUACAUUGGAAUUAGGGAUGUAGUUUCAAAUACUAAAAGUGUUAAAAAUAUAAUCAAAAUUAAAGGUAGAUAUGAUUCCUUGUGUUAAGCCCAAUGUGCCUAUUCAAGUAGAAGAAUAAAAACCAAAGGCAUGUUCUUCCUUUUCACCAUUUUCGAAAUCAAUCAUUCCUCAAAAUGAGAUUAAAAUAAAUAAAAAAUGUGUCUAUUCAAGUGAAUGGCAGUGUGUAUAUAAAAUAUUUAAAUAAAAUAAGUGGAGUUUUGUGUGGAAUGCAUAUCGUUACUUUAAUAUAGAAAUACCCU